AUGGACGCAGAACAACUGAAAACGGUGGCCAUUGCGCUGGGAGCGCUGUCGUUGCCAGCACUAUAUAUGCUCCUGAAACCUAAAGCAUCAAUUCCUGGUCCCCCGGGUCUUCCCCUUAUCGGUAAUGCGCUCGAUUUCCCAAUGGUCGAGCCUUGGCUCGUCUGGGAAAAGUGGAGAAAGCAAUACGUCUGUCUGGAAAUCUUCAAAGUGAAAAUUGUCAUGCUCAACGAGCCACGUCUAAUCACCGAAAUGCUGGAUAAGACGCCGGCCAGCUCAGGACGUGCAAUAUUCUACGUCUUAGGUGAACUGCAAGUAUUCUCUACUUCCAUAGUUGGCUGGGAAAACUCUACCGCUGGAUUGCAACCUGGACCUCGCCACAGAGAAGCCAGAAGAGCAUUCCACGAGACAAUAGGGAAACAAGUUCUUCACCGCUACUCUGAGCUCAUCGAGAGGAAGAUUCGCAAGCUCGCAGUCAAUCUACUCGAAUCUCAAGGAGAGAAAGCGUUGGUCCCAGAAUACAUCAAGCACGCUAUCGCGGGUAUUACAGUCAAGGUGACCUAUGGCAUCGACAUUGCGGACAAAAAUGAUCCCAUCAUGGCCGACGCCCAAAUCACCAUUAACCAUUUUAAUGAAAACACCAAACCAGGCUCACAAAUGGUCGAGUUUUUCCCUUUCCUCAAGUACGUGCCGGGUAUGCGCUACAAGAGGAUGGUACCACAAUGGAGGAAGGAGGUUAAUAAAGUCCUCGAGGCACCAGCUAAUAUUGUCAUGGAUGAGCUACGCCAAGGUAUCGUCAAGCAAACGGUAGCUCAUGAACUCUUGCAAGAACCAAAUAUGUCACCCGAACGGCUCAGCGACAUUCAGUGGAUGCUCGCAUCCAUCUACUUUGGUGGCAUCGAUACGACAGCAAACUCAAUCAACAGCGCCGUCCUUGCCAUGGCACUAUAUCCCGAGGUCCAAAAGAAGGCACGAGAUGAAAUAGAGAGGGUAUUGGGGAAAGAUCAACUUCCGACCGCAAAGGAUCGCAAAAGCCUACCCUACAUCGACGCUUUCAUCAAAGAAGUCACGCGUUGGCACCCAAUCGUCGCGAACGGUGGUCCUCGUCGCCUUACAGAGGAUACCAUCCUUGAAGGCUAUGUGCUUCCAAAGGAGACAAUUGUCUUGUCCAAUCUAUGGGGUAUCUGUCACGACGAUCGAUUCUUCUCAUCCCCGCAUGAAUUUCUUCCUGAGAGAUUCCUCGAGUCGGAUGAUCCAAAUGCGCCUACCGCAUUGUACGAGCCAUGGAACAUUGUCUUCGGUGCUGGAAGGCGAGUAUGUCCAGGAAGGGAUCUCGCAGACCUGGAGAUCUGGUAUGCAGUUGCUACAAUCUUUGCGACGCUGCACAUCGAACUCGCUCCGGGAGAGCACAAGACGGCCGCAUUUCUUUCUGGAACUAUCAGGUAUCCUUUACCUACCGAUUUUUAA